AUGAAUGGUGACAAUAUUACGGGAAACGAGCCAUGGAACGAAUUGUCAUCGCCAGAGUCGGAAUUCAAUCUAAUCGAUUCAGGAGCUCGAAACUCACGCAGUCGCACACAAUCUACUAAUCCAUUUCGCUUAGAUGAACUAGAAAAUGAGAACACUCCAGCAUUGGAGAAAGGUACAGCGAUAGUCGAAGAACUGGAUUCUCAUAGGUGUAUCAUAAGGGCAUUGCUGUUUGUGGGGUACGCAGUCACAACAAUACUUUUCUACAUAAUUAUAUACCUCCAUUAUUUUGCAGUUCGAUUCAGUUAUGACGAAGAAACAGCAAUGAGUAUGCUUGACGGAGUGUUUAGAGCACAGGAAAGAUCAAUCGACAAUUAUCACAAGAGAUUAAAGCGUGCAGAGGAAGCCACAGCCGCAACCGCAGCCGCAGCCACCACUGCUGAAACGUCAACUGUUUCUGGAUUUACAGGGGAAACUCUUGACCAUGGUGGCGACCCUCCACAUUAUCGUUGA